CUCUCUUUCACAGUCCAGUUCAUUCACCCAAGUUUCUCUCUCUAACAGAGACUUGAGUUGUUUUCCAAAUGGACGUGUUGGCCGUUCCAACAGACAGACAUAAAGGAUGGUACCUUUCUCUCAUGGCGCCCAAUAUAAAAGGACCAACGUUUGCCUGGCUGGACCCAUCCAGACUCUACUGCAACUCACAGGCUCUUGCAGACUGUGUCAAAGACCUUCUCAGUCCAUUCCACAAUGACACCAUUGACCUGGUUGCUGGGAUAGAUGCAAUGGGAUUCAUUCUCGGGGCGUCUGUUGCCACCACCCUUGGAAAAGGUUUUCUGGCUAUCCGCAAAGCGGGGCACCUGUGUGUCGCAACCCAAAACCAAAACUACAGCGACUACACAGGCAGAGAGAAGACUAUGGAAGUGAGACUGGAUGUGUUAAAACCAGGUGUGAGGGUGCUGCUAGUGGACCAAUGGAUAGAGACUGGAGGCACAAUGAAGGCUGCGAUCCAGCUGGUGGAGAGGCUGGGAGCCACUGUUGUAGGUGUUGCAGCCGUGGCCGUCGAGAACACUGAAGGAGGAAAGUGGAUUAAAGAGAAUUACAAAUUCUCUCACUGCAUCCCGGAAGAGCUCCAGAGCCAAAUCGACCAGAAGUACCUUGAUUCCUUCAAAAGUUUCAACAGCUGAACAACAAGAAAAGAUUUGUUCCAUCUUUAGUAAAAAAGAAGAGGAAUAAUUUUAUUUUCUAAAGUUUGGAUGGUGAAGAAAUAGUUUUAUCUUCUAUUUUUGUUUUGUUCUUAAAAACUUCUAUUUUUGUCCUAAAAGCUGUUUCUAUUUUCAAAACACUCUGAAAUGUUUUUCUUUUUUAAUACUUUUAUUACAUGUAAAACGUACCAUGAGAAAAUAAAGAUAACAAAAUGGUAAAAUAUUCGUACACAUUCAGUCUGAUGUAAGUAUGAUCAUCCCAAUUCAGUCAUUGAUUUGAAUGUAAACAAAAAACAAAGUACCGCUGAAGCGUACAAUGUGGAUUAAAAAAAACAUGUCUACAAUAA